UGUUCAAUCCCCAAUAUCGCAAAACAAACAGGACGGCAGGACUGGCGCGGGUCCUUGGACGUCUGCUUUCCUGGGUAUGCAGCACCUCAUCCCUGCUUGCCCACGGUGACCGCCCAGCCACUGUUGCACGGCGGAAUUCCAAAGGUAACAGGCGCCGUAGAAGCGUGACCCUCGGACAGCACCCUCCAUGCCUUUGCCUGCUCGGGGCGUUCAACCAGAGAGAACGGAGGGGAUGGGGGGGCACGCGAGCGAGCGGGCUGAGGGCCCAGCGUGCAGGGUCGCGGUCUGGCCAGAGAAGGAAGCAAAGCGCAGGGGCUCAAGGCCGCGUGGGUGUGACGCGCAAGCGCACGGGGCCACAGUCCGCGGAACCGGCCCGCAGGAAGGGUGGGGCGGUGGGCUGCGCAGACGAGCUAGGACCCGCUUUACCGAAAGGAGCCUGGAAGGGUGGCUCGCUGGCUGGGGCGCCACAGCGCGCAGGCGCGCACCGGCGCGGGCGUGACGUCAUGCCGCGGAGAGCGAGCUUCCGCAGCCGGGGCCGGGUGGGGCCUUCUCCCCCGCAGCGCAAGUCGGGAGCGUCCGUGGUCCUCCUGCGGCCCCGGCGCCAUGUUCGGCUCCAGCCGCGGCGGCGUCCGUGGCGGGCAGGACCAGUUCAAUUGGGAGGACGUGAAGACCGACAAGCAGAGAGAGAACUACUUGGGAAACUCGCUGAUGGCGCCCGUGGGGCGCUGGCAGAAGGGCCGCGACCUCACCUGGUACGCCAAGGGCCGCGCGCCGUGCGCAGGCCCGAGCCGCGAGGAGGAGCUGGCGGCCGUGCGAGAGGCGGAGCGCGAGGCGCUACUGGCCGCGCUCGGCUACAAGAACGUGAGGAGGCAGCCCACCGGCCUGAGCAAGGAGGACUUCGUGGAGAUCUGCAAGCGGGAGGGCGGAGACCCCGAGGAGAAGGGCGUGGACCGGUUGCUGGGGCUGGGCAGCGCCAGUGGCUCCGCGGGCCGCGUGGUGCUGUCCCGGGAAGACAAGGAGGCCGCCAAGUUGGGGCUGUCCGUGUUCACGCCCUGUUUCCUUUCUCAGCACCACCGCGUGGACAGUGGUGGCCCGGGGGCCGCCGCAGCCGCCGCCAGGAAGAAGCCACGCGCGGAGGACAAGGCUGAGCCCGGUACUGAGAGCCACAAGAAAAGCAAGAAGGAAAAGAAGAAAAAGAAGAAGAAAAAACACAAGAAACAGAAAAAGAGGAAAGACAAAGAGCACCGGAGGGAGGCUGAUGCCUCCUCGUCUCCCUCUCCUGAUCGGCCUGGGCGCUGCCGGCAUGAUUCUGAUUCCUCCUCCCCCUGCUGCAAGAGGUCGAAGUGGGGACAUGGUGGGGACAGUGGGAGAAGCCCAUCACACAGACAGCAGGACAGAGGCUGUGAUGCCUGAGACUGCGGCUGAGCUGCUGGACCCCACAGCCCCUGCUGCCCCAAGCUGGGACCUGGCGCACCACUGGGCUCUGGGAGGACCGGGCCCUGUGGAUCCCGAGUGACUGCAGCUACCCCACCUUAAUCGCCUUCGGGGUUUACCCUCAGGAGCACCUGUCUGGAUGAGCAGCUGCCUGCUAGGCCUUGGGGCCAGCUGGAGGCUCAAAGCAGAGGUGAAGUGGCUUUGUGGAGACCCCUCCAGGUCUUGGGUCUUGCCCUGCCACCAAGUGAAGGUUAGUCUGCACAGGAGGCUGUCUUAUCUGUGGCUGCAGUGGUUCAGGCUUCCUCUGAGGCUUAGCGAUGACCAGGUGGUUACUUUUCAUAUCAACUCACUUUAUACUUAAAUAAAUUUAUUUUAAAAGAACGUAUCAUACUGAGUGGGAGGUCCGAGUGGAGUUACAAAAGCAGCCUACCAGGAGGGUAAUAGUGGUCCAGGGCCUCCAUGGCUGUCAUAUUGUCUUGGCUGGGCCAUGGUGAUUUUACACAUCCUAGAUUUCAAGUCCUCCCUGUGUAUGGCCAGGCAAGGUCUUGACGGUCCAGUGCCCAGUGGGCCUGGGGAUGAGAGCCCUGUCAACCUGGAACACCUUACAGGCAGACAGGCAAGGUCCAGCAGCAGUAGCAGUCUUGGCUGAGGUAGGGGUAUACCAGGAGGCUCCGGGCACCUCCACCUGCCUGUGAAGACCAGCCCAGCUCCUUCCUGGGCAGCACAGGUGAAAGCCACAAGUGGGCUUGAUUCCUGUGUUAUUUUGCUCUUGAUUCUAGCAGAAACAAAGUGUCGGGUGUGGCUUAGGGCAGACCCGGAGAUCCAGGCCUGCCUUGGCUUCUUCACUGACCUCAGCCUGCCUGAGCAGAGAAUGCUGUUCAUUCUCAGGCCUGAGAUGCAGGUCAUCCACCUGGCUGGGACCCUUCAGAGGAGAGCAGACUUUGACCUUGGUGGCCAUCACCACCAAGGGAUGUGUGUGUGUGGGGGGGGUCCUUAACUCUGCUACACAAAGUACCCUGUGGCUGGCAGUGUUCCUGCACAGAGAUGUAAGGCAAGCACAGGCCCCACAGCACUCACUGACUCCUCUCUCAUGCACAUGAGGCCUGACCUAGACAGCAGGGGUGUCCAGGGCUGAGGCCACCUGCAGUUCCUCCCGCCUUGUCCACUUCCCAGGAGGCAACCUGGCGACACAAACACUGGAGAGCCUGUGAAAUAGUUAAGAGACUUUAUUCUAAUAGCUAUAAUUACAGUGCUUGUCGAAAUGAAAACUGAAAACAAGUAUACAAAACGGUUGAUUACUAAUUGUGUAUUGAAAGCAGUAAGAGGUUCCACAACACCAAAUAAACCAGUUCUGAAGUUUCCCCAAGAUAAA